UUUGAAGGUUAGCAGCCUGGGAAGGGUUCACAGAAAGUUCACGCGCAUAUAUUAGGAAAUUCAAUCGUUCAUUCCUUGUGACAAAACUAGAAGGAAAUGAACUGCGUAUAGGCUGGAUAACACAUUCGUCAUCGAAGGGGGCGAUAUGCUUUUAAAAAGCGAGCCGCCUUAUUUAUAAAAUAUUUAAACAUAUUUCAAUUCAGCGCGCGUGAUCCGGGACUGGGUCCCUCCGAGUAGGUAACCGUGCGGGACGGGACGUGCGAAAGCACCUUAAGAUAAACGCGCCGGGAUAUCACGGAGGGGGUCAAUCGCUGAAACCCCUAAACCCGCUGCAUCUAGGACUGCAUGGGAAAUGGCAAGUGAGCAUUUGGAUCAAUUACCAGCUUUUAGAAACGUCGACUGUCAUAACUCAUGAUUCCAGUGCGGGAAAGGGACCGAGAAUUUACGUGCCAAAACCGAGUGCAGAGUUUGAUGGAGUUGGGUCCACUUCUGCGACCGUUUUCCCUGCAGACCUAAAAGGAGGAAGAAAAGGCUCUGCAUUUUCAGACUAUCGCAAAGGGGGACAUCAUGUUUGACUGCAUGGAUGUUCUCGCGGUGAGCACGGGGCAGAUGCUGGAUUUCUACUCCGCGAGCCCGUCGUGCAUGGUGCAGGGGAGGAAUCUGAAGGCGCGUUUCUCCGGGCUGACGCAGAGAGACUGGCGGCAUCGCCGAUGCACUCAGUCCAUAGAAACGCAGAGCUCCAGUUCGGAGGACCUGGUCCCCAGCCCCCCCUCACCCCUGCCUCCCCCCCGCACCUACAAGCCCUGCUUUGUGUGCCAGGACAAGUCCUCGGGCUACCACUACGGGGUCAGCGCGUGUGAGGGCUGCAAGGGCUUCUUCCGCAGGAGUAUACAGAAGAACAUGAUGUACACCUGUCACAGAGAGAGGAGCUGCAUCAUUAACAAAGUCACCAGGAACAGGUGCCAGUUCUGCCGUCUGCAGAAGUGCUUCGGUGUGGGGAUGUCCAAAGAGUCGGUCAGAAAUGACCGGAAUAAGAAGCGGAAGGAGAGUCCGAGGAGAGAGCUAGCGGAGCGCUACGAGCUAACGGGCGAGCUGGAGACCAUCGUGGAGAGGAUCCGAAAAGCACACCAGGAGACCUUUCCCUCCCUGGGCCAGCUGGGCAAGUACACCACGAACUCGAGUGCAGAGCACCGGGUGCGGCUGGACCUCGGGCUGUGGGACAAGUUCAGCGAGCUGUCCACCAAGUGCAUCAUCAAAAUCGUGGAGUUUGCCAAACGAGUGCCGGGCUUCACCGGGCUGACCAUCGCCGACCAGAUCACCCUCCUGAAAUCCGCCUGUCUGGACAUCCUGAUCCUGCGCAUCUGCACACGCUACACGCCGGACCAGGACACCAUGACCUUCUCGGACGGCCUGACGCUGAACCGCACGCAGAUGCACAACGCCGGCUUCGGGCCGCUCACCGACCUGGUGUUCGCCUUCGCAGGCCAGCUGCUGCCCAUCCAGAUGGACGACACCGAGACCGGCCUGCUCAGCGCCAUCUGCCUCAUCUCCGGAGACCGGCAGGACCUGGAGGAGCCGUCGCGGGUCGAUCAGCUGCAGGAGCCCCUGCUGGAGGCGCUGAAGAUCUACGUCCGCAAACGCCGUCCCAGCAUGCCCCACAUGUUCCCCAAGACCCUGAUGAAGAUCACCGACCUGCGCAGCAUUAGUGCCAAAGGUGCAGAGCGGGUGAUCUCGCUGAAAAUGGAGAUCCCAGGUUUGAUGCCACCCCUGAUCCAGGAGAUGCUCGAGAACCUAGAGGAGCAGGAGGAGGAGGAGCAGCAGGAGGAGGAGGAGGAACAAGCCAGCGGGUUCCCCAGCGCCCCGCCCAAAUCCAGGCCCACGCCCCGCCCCUCCACCCCGGGGCCACAGAGCAACCCGGAACCAGAACCUCUCUCACUCUCCUAAAGUGGGGUGUCACGCCCAGAGCUCAAAUCUCUCUGCUUUAACCUUCUUCUCUUUUGUUUGUUUUAUUUUCUGAACAGGACCACUGAUGUGUGUUACACUCCCAGCCUGUGGGGGGCGCUAUGUCCAUAUCUGCUUCUACUGCAUGACUGAGCAGAGGCUCUGCCUCUCCCCCAUAUCCCACCCUCUUAGGGGAGGGGGGGGGGGUUAAAUCAGAUUUUCACUCAGUCUAUCUUGGUUAGGCCCCCCUUCCACAAUCUCUCUGUCCUGGUGGGGGGGUGGGGACUCAAGUUAAACAGGUUUGAUUGAGCUGUCAGCUGGACACAAUUAUGAGGACUUUAAAAGUUAAAAGAAUUAAAAGUUGAGAAUUAAACAGGAGGAAUGUGUGUGAUUUCCAGUCCUGAUCCAGGAACAGCUCGAUCAAACCUAAAACCCAGCGAAGGGCAGCCCUUAGGGCACGAGAGGCGAAGCAGAAAGCUCCAGGCUGAGGUAAAGAUUGGUCCCACUGUCAGUGUUCCUUAAAAACAGAAUGUUUCUCACAUUCAUAGGUGUAUUGAAGUACAUUUUAUAUGCGUCAAUAUGUUUAAAGUUGUAUUUGUUUAAAACAAUGUUGUCACAUCAUUACUUGGAAGGGGUUUGUUUGCGUAUCCACAGACCUCCCCCCCCACACUGUGUAGGAAAAGCCAUAGAUAUUAGUUGCGGAGGAAAACCUAACUGAAUUAGGACCUUGGCUCGUAUUCAAAUUCAGAAGCCAUGUCAGUUGUUGCUUAGUGACUCUGGAACACCUGAGUGUUGGAGGGCUUGUAUACACUGAAGACAGGGUGAAUUGGGUUGAUUGGGGAGGGGGGGGGGGUUGAAUAAUGCAGUAAUGCGAUUCCUCCACCUACGACAUUUACCUAAUGCGACUUGUGUAGCUCUCAUCUUUUCCCACUGACAGACCUUAGUUUUAUAUUUUCCUUGAGUCAAUUCAGGUUGAGUAUCUAGCUCCUAGGUACAGCCUAUUUCCCCAACAGCAGCAGUGAGUGUGAUUGACGUUUGAUCGUUAGCUAGCCCGUUAGC